AUGCCAAACAGUCGUUGUUAAGAAGUGAUUGUGGCCUCACACGCUCAACUCCAGCUCAGCUCAGCUCAGCGCUCAAGUACGGUGGCGAAAUCGUUAAAGAAACCAAUCAACCAGACAGCAAAUUAAACGCCUGUAAACGUUUGUAAUAUUUCAAUUUUGUUAGCUGCAAUACGCUGCAAACGCUCGGCGAGCCAAACAAACAAUUAAAUAAAAAAAAUACGAAAAAUACAAAAACAAUCGUUACAACAAAGACUUUGUGUAAUUCCGCGUUUGUUCGUUGAGCUAAAUUCGUUGAUUAACGCUUUUCGUUUUUAAUUACCGUUAAAACGCAGCACACACUCAACAAAAUUCAAAAAUGAAGUUCUUCAACAUCACACUUUUGCUGGUCGUUCUAGCGUUGGUCUGCUGCUUCUCCCUCACAUACGCGCAAGAGGAAGGCGCUGCGCCAAGCGGUCCCAAGCGGCCGGCACUGCGGCGCCCAGUCGGUGGUAAGGCGGCAAAAACCACAACAACAACAGCCGCACCAGAGGAGGACAAUGAGUAUGAUGAUGGUGAAGGCAACGCUGCCGAGGGUGAGGAGGGCGAUGAGGAUGGCUUGGGCGCAAGCAGCACUACAACAACCACAGAAGCACCCAAAAAGGUGAUAGGACCAGUCAUUCGGCCAUUCCGUUCCAACGAUGACUUCUUGAACUCGCUGAAACGUCGUCAACAAGACGCCAAGAAACACAGAUCUGUUGAGAAGCCAACACCAAAGAGCAAGCCAGCGCCCUCUAACGACGAAGACGCUGAUGAAGGCGCCGAAUCUGCGCCAGCUCCAUCGUCGAAAGGCUUCAAGGGCGGCAAUUCAGCCUUGAACCGCCGUAAAUUGUCGAAACCCGGCAAGCCCGAACCAGCGCCCGCCGAUGAUGCCGCCGCCGAGGAGUCCGAACAGGAGCCAAAAGAGCAAGCGAGACGUCUGCCACAUGCUCGUCUCGCCUUGAGGAAGCGCAACUAAGACGCGACGCGCACGCGCAGUGAAAUGUGAAAAUUUCUUUGCAAAACAGUUUCUACUCCUGUUAAUUUGAUAACUUCCUCCACCUCCAAGUUCUUUUCCAUGAGUUGUAAUGCAAAAACAUACAUAACUGUAAGCUAUUCAGCUUUCUUCACUUAUCUAGCUGUCUCUUGCGCACUUGCAGCGCUGCGCUUCAGCGUUGUAAUUGCUUUGUGAUUAUAAACACCUUAUAACUGUAUAUUUUUCUUUCACUCCACACCCGUACAUAUGUAGAAGCUUAUCGUUUUGUCUAGAUUUAAGUUAUUUUAUUUUAUAAUUGUUUCCACUUUUGUUUUAAUUGAAAUUUUCGUUUGGAGUUAGAAUCGUCCUCAGUGCUCUUAAGCUUCUUUAUAUGUGUUAUGAUUAUUAUUUUAUAUACUUGUAUGUAUUUUUGAGUUUACGUGUAUAUUAUAUAUUUUAUUGUACAUACUGUCAGCGUAAAUUU